CGUUUAAAAUAAAAAAGAAAUAGAUAUGGAAGUUGACGUCCUCUAAGAAUCAUCCCCUUUAACAUGGGAAAACUAGAUAGAUUUGAUAUAGAAUUCAAAAAUCCUGACGGUGUUUGUGUUUCCGGCAACCCUCUUUGUGGGUCUGUUGUCCUGGAGCUUUCUGGGAAAUUAAAAAUUCAAGACAUAUUACUACGCUUCCAUGGUUACGCUAAUGUUGGUUGGGUGGAAAAACAUUCCAGUGGUCAUGGAAAGAACAAAAAAGCUGUGGCCAAGCACUUCUCUAGUGAAGAAAUAUAUUUUGACCACACCGUUCAUGUUUAUGGCAACAGCGGCAACCAUGUGCAGACCCUCCCCGCUGGGUUCCACUCCCUUCCAUUUGAGUUCCAUCUUCCCGCGGAUUGUCCUACUUCCUAUGAGGGGUCCAUUGGUCGUAUACGUUAUUACGUGUCUGCCAGAAUCAGGAAACUGUAUGAAAUAGAGCACACUACCAUGAAACUUUUCACCGUCAUCAAUCACCUUGACUUGAACAACGACUUACGAUUACAGCAAUCGACAGAUGCAAGUAACGAGAUGACUCUUUGCUGCCUGUGUUGUAAGUCCGGACCAAUUUGUGCCACACUUUAUUUAGAGACAAUUGGAUUCGUUCCUGGGGAAGGAAUUCCCAUCCACGUGGAGAUUGAAAACAAAAGUGGCAGGAAAGUUUCCGCAGCUAGUGUAACGUUACUGAUGGUUGUCCGUUACAACACGUCCAAAAAAUCGAAAACUCACACUAAUCAAGUGGCAUCUGUGUGUAAGGACAAAUGGAAUGCUGGGAAAACAGGUGUGUGGACAGGGGAGCGACUUGUCAUACCUUCUGUUCCGCCAUCUUAUCUUCACGGAUGUGACAUCAUCGACAUCUCAUAUGUACUCGAGUUAAAGAUUCAUCCCUCUGGACCAGCGUUCACUCUGCCAGUUAAAAUGGAAAUUGUUAUAGGAACGAAGCCUUUAAAGAAUUCAGUCAGUAACUUUUCGUACAGUGGAUCAGGAGUUUCCUUAAACUCUCCAGUCAUCCAAACCAACGACAACAAAAAAUUAAUUUGCGUGAAGUAUACGGAAAGUGUACUAGGAAAGGUAAGCGUGGAAGAUGAUCCAGAAUGUGACAAGAUUUCGUACGACAUCACUUUCGCCCCUGUUUAUCCAUAUCACUCAAUCUCAAAUAAAACGGACAGUUUUCAAGUCAAUUCGCCAAAACCUUGUAUGAAGAGAGUGGAUAGAUAGAAGAUACCCCGCCUUGCUUAUUGUGUUGUUUCAGAACACUGAACAACUGUUUAUUUUGAGGAAUCCGAGUUUUCUGUCAAUUAUCUUGAAGACUUAAGGGUUUGAAUUGUGAUGUUUUAUUUAUCAGGUAUACAGUUUUAUUUACCCUUUCAACAUAAAUAUGAUAUACUCUGUAUAAAUUGCGGAUUUUAGGAACAUUAUUAUUAUUUUCAAAUUUUGCAAAAGUUGUCUUAUUUCUAAUGUUAAUAUAAGCAUAGGCCUACAUAUCACUUGAAUACAUAGCAAGAAUGGGUGAGGAAUA